CGGCGGUAGAUUGGGGAAUGCUAAUCUCUUGGAGGAAUUCAAAUCUUUCCAGGAAAGCCUCUUCUUUUUAGUCUACAUCAAGUGGAUUCUUCACUCGGACAAAUCUAGAGAUCGAAUUCUGGAGAAAAUUGAUUGUAUGCUAGUUGGUGAGGAGGCACUGUCUUUUGUCAAG